AUGCGUACAGCCUCGUUUUUCGACUUUCUACCUGUCGAAAUUAUGCACUUGAUUUUUAGUUAUUUCCAGUCUCAUGAAAUUCUUUUAUCAUUUUCAAAUACUAGCAAUCAUGUUGAUAGUGUUUUACGCUCAUAUGCAUCAUAUAAAAUCAAUUUCAAAUCAAUUUCUAAGUCUCAUUUUGAUCUUGUUUGUCGUCGAAUUCAACCUUCACAAAUUAUUACACUGAUUCUUUCCGAUGCUGAUGAUACACCAGGUCAAUCUGCAUUAUUUUUAACACAUUUUCGGCUCGAACAAUUCAGUCAACUUCAAUCAUUAAGGUUAAUCAAUAUUGAAUUUGAUUCAUUGACUUCAAUCUUGUUGAAUUUACAUCAUCUUCAACGACUACAUUCAUUCACAUAUGAUUCGAAGACAAUAAAAAUACACUCUCCAAAUCGGAUUCAUAAUUAUUCAGAUUGGAUCAAUCAAUUGAAUAGUUCCUUAUCGAAAGCUAUUGUUCGAUUAAUGCCUCAAUUGAAUCGACUAAGUCUUUCCAAUUUCACAAUUUUGCCUACAAUGUCACUUACACGUCUGCGUCAUUUGAAAAUGGGAAUUACGACAAUCGAUGAAUUUCGAACGAUUCUUUCUGAAAUACCAUACUUACAUUCAUUGAGCAUUUCUCUUCAUGAUGAGGCAUCACAUAGUGAACAUUUAUUACUAUCAUCUCAUAUGAAAUUAAAACAUCUUACUCUCAAGAUUGAAAAUUCACAAGUUUCUAUGGAUCAAGUUGAACAAUUGUUGCUGAAAUUGAUUCAUCUAACACAUCUUGAAUUGUAUGCCACUGGUCACAAUGAUUUGGCUAAUGGAAAUCGUUGGCAGAUUGUGUCAAAUAGUCUCACUGUGUUAAAUUUCAAGUUUAAAAUUCUCGAGACACUAACUAAAGAAAUUCUCAAAUCUUUUUGCACUUCAUUUUGGCUUGUCGAGAAACGUUGGUAUGUGGCUUAUGAGGAAGAUUAUCUUUUUACAGUACCUCACUUUGCUCCUGUCGACGUUAAUUUUUUUCAACUUCAACAACAUGUUCCUUGGACAACCUUCGAUAAAAGAAUGCUCUACAAGCAAGCGACUAAAAUCUCUGCGAUGCUGUCGUCCGAUGACAUACUUGGCAGUUUAUUGGAUUCUCUUUUUCGACGUUUCUAUGAUCCAAACAUCCUAUUAAGAAUCAUAGCGACGAAGAUUGACAUGUGUCAAAUACAACAAAUGACUCUGCUGUCAUUAACAGAUAUAGAAUAUUUAAAACUAUACUUUCCUCGAAUGUCUGAUCUUCAGAAAUUAUCCAUUGCAGAAGAAAUUAAUAUAGAUUUGGUUGAACAAAUGCGAGAUUAUCGAAUGAAACAAAUUCGGACACUUGAAUGUUGUCUUUCCACUGAAAACACAAGUUACAUAAUCGAAAUAUUGUUGCGCCUUUUUCCACACGUGAAACAUUUAUAUGUUUCGUCCAUCAGUUCAAAAAUGGAUAUGAUUCGUUUGAUUGAUGGAUUCCAUGAUUUGUCCAAUGCAUCAUUUAAGACUCAUUCAAAGUUUGGUAAUAUCGAACAGCGUUGGUAUUUCGAACCAGAACUAUUAAUGUAUGGCUCACGACGUUUGGCCAAAAGUACUUAUACAUGUCGAUUGAAUAGUCUGCUUGAUGAACAAUCAUCUAUCACUAUACAGAUCUGGAUCGAAGCUCAAGUAAGUGAUCUUCAUUCGGAUGUUACUAAAGCAAUGUUAUUCAAUAAAUUUGCAAAUGCCGGACCACUUCUAUCGAUUCGAGUCUAUUGUGAUUUGAUUAUUCGACGGUCACUUGGCUAUGCUUAUGUUAAUUUUCAGCAACCAGCUGAUCGUAUGCAAAAGUUUAUAAUAUUAUCAACUGAAUGGGUACUUGAUACAAUGAACUUUGAUUUAUUUCGUGGUCGUCCAUUACAUAUUAUGCGGUCUCAACAUGAGACCGCUCUACGUAAAUCAUGUGUUGGAGGUGUAUUUAUUAAAGAUUUUGAUAAGAAAUCACUCUAUGAUAUAUUUUCAGCUUUUGGCACAAUUUUAUCUUGCAAAAUAUUGACAGGUGACAAUGAGCAAUCAAAAGGUUAA